AGCUGGGAGCGCAGAGCCGCCAGACAAAGGCGGGCGCCGCAGCCACUCCGCCCGCGGGCCAUGGCCGGGCUGCUCCUGCUGCUGCUGCAGCUGCGGGGCCGGCGGCGGUGGCGGCGGCGGCGGCUGCUGCUGCUGCUGCAGGGGGCCGGCGGCGCUUAGAGAGGAGAGGCCGGGCGGGCCGGGCGCGCGAUGGAGCGGUGGCGGCGGCGGCGGGGCAGAGGCGGCUGGGGCCGGGCGCUGCGGGGGUGGCUCUGGCCGCUGCUGGCUGUGCUGGCUCUGCCGCGGGCCUCGGAGGGGCGAGUCCCGGGAGAAGUGGACGCGGAGGCCUGGCUCCAGUCUUAUGGCUACCUUCCACCAUCUACCCGCCAGAUGUCUACUUUGCGCUCGGCUCAAAUCCUCUCCUCUGCUGUGUCUGAGAUGCAGAGCUUCUACGGCAUCGCUGUGACAGGUGUCCUAGACGAAGAGACAAAAGCGUGGAUGAGGCGGGCCCGCUGUGGAGUCCCUGAUAAGUUUGGAACUCAGGUCAAAGCCAACAUGCGGCGUAAGCGAUACGCACUGACUGGACGCAGGUGGAGCCAGGAGCGUUUGACUUUUAGCAUCCAGAACUACACAGAGAAGGUGGGCCGCUUCCAUUCUUACAACGCCAUCCGCCGAGCCAUCCGAGUGUGGGAGCAAGCAACCCCACUUGUCUUCCAUGAGAUCCCAUAUGACGAAAUCCAUCACAAAAGGAGGAAGGAGGCAGACAUCAUGGUGCUCUUUGCCACUGGGUUCCAUGGGGACAGCUCUCCCUUUGAUGGGGCCGGGGGCUUCUUGGCGCAUGCGUACUUCCCGAGUGCCGGUUUGGGAGGGGAUGUGCACUUUGACUUGGACGAGCCGUGGAUGCUUGAGAACAGGGAUGUGUCAGAGGGCAACAAUCUUUUCCUGGUAGCUGUCCAUGAAUUGGGGCAUUCUUUGGGCCUGGAGCAUUCCAGCAAUCCUGAUGCUAUCAUGGCACCUUUCUACCAAUGGAUGGACACUGAGAAUUUCCAGCUGCCAGAUGACGAUCUCCGUGGCAUCCAGCAGCUCUAUGGUGCCCCAGGAGGACAGCCGCAGCCCACCAAGCCCAUUCCUACCGGUAUGCCCAGAAGGCCAGAGCAGAGAACCACUCGGUCACCACCUGGUAAACCAGGGUGGCCUCCCAGACCAGGCAACCCAGAUCAGUCAGAGCCCAACAUCUGUGACGGGAACUUUGAUACGGUGGCAGAGCUGCGUGGAGAGAUGUUUGUCUUCAAGGGCAACUGGUUCUGGCGAGUUCGCUAUAACCGGGUGCUGGUCAACUAUCCGAUGCCGAUCGGACUCUUCUGGAGAGGCCUCCCUGGGAACAUCGACGCUGCAUAUGAGAGGCAUGAUGGCCGGUUCGUGUUCUUCAAAGGGGAUCAGUACUGGCUUUUCCGUGAGGCAAACUUGGAACCGGGUUACCCGCAGCCCCUUACUAGCUAUGGACUGGGCAUGCCAUACAGCAGUGUGGACACGGCCAUCUGGUGGGAACCCACAGGGCACACCUACUUCUUCCAAGGGGACAGAUACUGGCGCUUUAAUGAGGAGAGGCACAGUAUGGAUCCAGGCUACCCAAAGAAAAUCAAUGCAUGGGCCGGGAUCCCUAGUGCUCCCAAGGGAGCCUUUCUGAGCUCCGACGCAACUUACACUUAUUUCUACAAAGGCACAAAGUACUGGAAGUUUGACAACGAGAGACUGAAAACAGAGCCCGGCUACCCUAAGUCUAUCCUACGUGACUUUAUGGGAUGCCAUGAGGAGGUUGCCUUGACACCUGAACCCCGCCAUCGGUGGCCUAAUCUAGGUAGGCCAACCAUUGGUCCAGAUGGCACUGAGGAGGAAUAUAAUGUGGACACUCACCAUGAGGAGGAAGAGAACGAAGCAGAUGUGGAGGACGCUUACAGCGACAAUGCGGGUGGUGGCCGGGCAAAGGAUCAAGGGCGCAGCGGAGACAACGAUGUGGACAUUGUGGUACACAUUGACGAAUACCCUCUGACCCUCAGCAUUGUCAUGGUGAUGGUGCCGUUGGUGCUACUUCUCGGGAUUCUGGGCCUUGUCUAUGCCCUUGUGCAGCUCCAGCGUAAGGGCACUCCCCGCAUGCUACUCUACUGCAAGCGGUCUUUACAGGACUGGGUGUGAAACCCGACCGUGUCCACCAAUGGCCUUGGUGCUCUUGAUGUGCCUCUCACUACCUCCCAAUCUCUCCCAGUGGGCUAGUUAGAGCUUUCUUUCUCCCUCCCCUCAUCUCCCAUGUGGAGGAGAGGCUCUCGAGGCCUCAGAAGGUAUUUGGGGCUGAUUGGUCACCUCAUCUCUUCAGGACCAAAGCCGGCCUCGUAGCUUCCUGUGUAAGACUGCUGAAGGUGGCCUUAAAGAUCUGGCAUUCACACAGGCAUUUAGUGGUUGGAAGAAAAGUGGGUGAUCUUUCCCAUUCCGUAGACCAACCAAGCUUGCCAAAGUGAUAUUGCUGGAAUCCUCCAGUUUUGAGGCAUGGCUUUCUUUUAGAGAGUGUGACCUAUUGAGGGAGAAUAAUCUGAUGGAUCUCGUUCCCUGUUCUGGGUUCUAGUGCACGCAUGAUGGUCCAGACCCGUUUGCAAAAGGCCGAACGAUGACCAGUCAGGAAGGGGGAGGGUGCUUUGCUCUAUUAGAUUCGUUUUUGUCCUUUCUGUGCAUGGGCUCGCCAAGUUGCAUCCUGAUAAUGCUGCUUAUACCAGACUAAUUGCUGGUGGGGGGAGGCUACUUCCUUUCCUCCAAGCGCUAUUCACUGCCUCCCCCUCCAAAUCAGCUGGGAAAUAAGAGAUGUUUGUUCCAUUUGCUGUCAUGCAGAGGACAGAGUGAAUUUUGGGUGCCUUCAGAUGUGCCAUGCAUCCAACAAAACUCGCCUUCGUUUUUCUUUUCUUUUUUUAAAAAAAAUCUGGCCUUCUCACCUGCAGAACAUUUGGAAAACUCUUUUACUGUAGUUUGUGGGAGUUACUACUCCUGAUGAAGUCUCUGAAGCCAGAGGAAAAAUAGGUAGGCCCUGUCAUGGGGAGGCAAUUCUGGUGUUUUCUUCCCUGCCAGGUGGUCUUACCUCUUCACAUUUCAGUAUGGUUGUCUGCUUCCAUUCCCAUGCCAAAAAAUUCAGGUGACUUGAAAGCAGAGGCACGGAGCAUGUGUGUUCUGCAUAAGCUGGCCCCUGCAAUGUGGUUCUUCUGGCCAAUUGUGGAUGCUCUGCUUUGAGUUCUUUCUCCUCUCAUAGCUAUUGGUCAGCAGCAACCAGUCGGUUCUACCCUGUGGAAUGAAUGUCGGGCGAAUGGUGGAUAACUACCUCCCGUGUCCCUGAGAUUGCCAGGUUUUUGGCAGCAGGCGUACAAUGAAUUGUGGCUAGAUGGUGUUCCCUAGCUUGACAUCUGAGAGGCAACUUUUCAGCUCUCCCAAGGAUGACUGCAGCCUGAAUUUUGAGAACUGCAAAUCCAAAGCCCAGUUUGCACCUGUGGGUCAGGAGCUAUUCCCCUGAUAGUUGUACAUUUGUGAUGUGUGGACACUGUCCCCCAAGUUGCUGCCCUGGUGCCACCAAGCAGCCAAACAAGCCCACGACCUGCUCAUUCAGCAAUUCUGCAUGUAUUUCUGUGGAUCUGGAACGUGUAUUUGGUAUCUUCUGGGAAUGGUUGCCCUCAGCCCGUUUGCAGCAUAGAUGGGAAAUCUCUAGAAUGUGACCUGGGCACGUGACAGGUGAAGAAAAAAUGGCUGUAACCCUGAUGCCUGUGGUGAUAUAGGAAUAAUCAAGUAUCAGCAGAGUUUCUCUCCCACUUAGUCGUGUCCUGAUAACACGGGGAUAAUUGCCCAGGCGGUAGCACUGAGCACGGCACGAAUGUUGUGCAGUUGUGAGCGCUUAUAAUUUCCCGCUUUGAAAUAAAUUAGAACAGUGUUCUGAUGGUAUCACCGUGCUUUGUUCAAGCAGAAAUGGCUCUUUGGAUACCACAGGGCUGCCUUUUGUACAAUUUGGAAGGGGGGGGGGCGCUAAAACUUUUGUUAAUCUAAUGACUUUUAUGCUAGCAGAAGUGGAUGCAUGCCAGCAUCUAGCAGCAUGUCAAAUUGCUCCAGUAGUUGGGGUAGGGAGACCUCUUGAUGGGUCUACAGUGUCGGUCUGCAUCUUUUUGUUUGCCCAGAAACCGCUUCCAACAGAUAAACUGAGCAGGUAGAUGCUGCAAUUCUGGAAGCUGUAAGGUUGGACAAAUUGCUUGGGGAGCAGAAUGACCUAGCAGGCCAUAGAGUUAGCCCGUGCUACAAAUGAGUAAAUCAAAGUAUUAAUGUCGGCCCCAAGUGAAGCAGGGAGAGGCCAUGGCUUAGUGGCAGCAAAUCAGCUUGGCAUGUAAAAGUUCAGUCUCUGGCAUCAAAAGGACCAGGUAGCAGAUGAUCUGAAAGACUUCUUCCGGAGACCUUAGAGAGCCAAGACAAUACCAACCUUAAUGAGUUCAGUGCAAGGCUGCUUUAGGCACAUACUCAAGUCAGAGAAAUGCAACUCUACAACCUGUGCUUGUUAUGCAGAUUAAGAGCUUCCAGUUGUUGUUGCCACUUAUUUUGCCAACUUCUCAUAACAAGGAGCAAGGGAGGUGCUGGGGCCACCCCCCAAGAAUGCCCUUCUAGCUUCUCAGACAUCUUUACACCCAUAAAAUCUUCACACCUGAGAGAGGCUCCAAGGUGUAGGUAAUGCAGUUGGCUUUCAAGUUGUCCAAGAUGGACAUGGAGAACAUCUCGACUUCUUGCAUAAACUUGGAGCUUUAUUCUUAAGGCAUCCCAAAGGUCUUCCUUCCAUUUUUGUUUUGAAGCAGUAUUUCUUUUGUGGCUGCCCAGAAAGGAAGGCAGUGAUGGAAACUGUGAGGGACAGGCCUUCAGAUUGAAGGGGAAAAUGGUGUUUUUCCUGAUCCAUGGCUCCUGCUUUCCUCUGACUUAAUUCUCUUCAGGCUCCGUGCUGCUGCUGUCCUCCAGUCUCCUCCUUCCCAAAGCAAAAGCCCCAUGUUUUCAAACAACCUGAAAACUGGGAAGCAGAAUUAAUGAUACAGAACUGGGAAUUGUGAUGUUCAGGAUGGGGUUACAUGAAUGCCUGGCUCUUGCUGUCUGUAUGUAGGCAAUCCAGAUGGGUCUCUGCCUUGAACGGAACCUGUAGACCAAGCGUGUUCAUCUCUGGUGCUCCAGAUGUUCACGGACUACUAUUCCCAUCAGCCCUUGCUGGCAUGGCUGAUUGGCCAUGCCACCAGGGGCUGGCGGGAAUUGUAGUCCAGAACAUCUGAAGCAUCAGAGUUGGACACCCCUGCUGUAGAUCCUUUCACUCAUGUAAGUUGUUUAGGAUUUUCUUGAUCUUAGGUUGUCUUGGCAUUCUUCAUGCUGUGACAGUUGUGUGGGGGCUGAAUUUUAUUGAUCUUUCUGAAGAGUGCCAGUAUGGCACUGAGGAAAGGUUUUCGUCUUCUGCCAAAGUUGCUUCUAGCAGCUGCUUUUCUCUUCUUGCUGGCCUCAGGCUGUGUGCCCUGAUCCACUGGAUAGUUCCUGACCGCCUCUCCGCUGCGCCUUUCCUGUCUUGCUGCUGUUGCAAAAGAAGUCAGGUACAUAGCUUGACUGGCUUAGGCAAAGCAGGCCAAUGUGUGUACAUCUUACUUGAUAAUACUUUGUGUAAUUUUGGGGGGGAGCACAGACUUCUGGACUUCUGUAAUGCAGAACUGGGCUAGUCCAAAGAGGAUUGGUGUUUGUAGCAGUCGUUUCACUGGUGCCUGGCAUUAAACUUGCUCUUUUGGGCCCUUCUCGAGGCCUAAACCCAA